AUGGGGAGAAUUAAGAAGGUGGCGAGCCAAAAACACGAGGCGACGAUCUCCCCAUACCUGGCAGAUUUUGUAGCCCGUGCCACGACUAUCCCAGUUUCAGAGCUUCCGUCGCAUCUCAGCACCUUCUCUCGCAUUUGGCCCUUCCCCAGAGGUGAUUUGUAUCAUUGGAUCAACGUCCUGAACCGCUUCGACGAGAUUCUGGCGUCCGUCAUCGAGAAAUACGCUCUCAGCAAUGGCCCGCAGACCAAGCCUUUUGGCAAAGACUUUCUAGUAGAAUCCUAUGUGCAUGGUGAAAGUGCAGGAAACCCUCAGGACGCUGAUGCCAAGUUAACCGACCUUGGAUAUGGACCGGAAGGAGACAGGGAGCUCUUAGAGGUUAUUCUUGAUUUCUCUAGGCUGUUGUUGGAGAAGUGUGGCAACCGCAGUUUGUACAGCAGCAGUGAACGCCUGGGCGAACUCCUGAAUACCACCUCUCUCUCCCUUCUCCAGUCUACACUCCGUCUGUCUCUGUGCUUAGCACAGCGCUAUCAUUCCCGUCAACGAGGUGGCUCUCACAUCCAGCACAGCUUACUGGCUGCUCACUACAACAUUGACUUGGAGAAACUACAGAAAGUUGCUGCACCCUUUCCUCGCCCUUCUGUUCCGGGCAGGGCGGCCGUGUCACCGGCAGCAGUAAUCAAGGUCAAGGACAAGGGACCUCAGGCCAAGCACAAUGCUAAUGACAUGUCUUCCCUCGUGCGAGAGAACGACAGCUGGGAUGAGUGGGGAAAUGUGCGCCUACAUUAUUACCCGUCUGGCUCAUCAGAACCGGUGAAAGCUGCACCUGAAUCCGGAACUAGUGGGCCAUUGGGGCAGCCCCCUACCACCCCAACUCCUCUGCGCAGAAGUCAUACUCACCCUACGCCCCGCUUGAGUCGAAUGUCUACUGCUGAAGAUUCGCCUUCAUCUGUGGUCUCGACUCCUGGAAAGCCGGAUGAGACACUUCGGGGUGGCAAGACCCUCGACAUUCCUUAUUCGAAGAUUUCCGUGUCGAGACCUGAAGACCUCCUUGCCGCUCAUGCAGAUGAGGUACCGGACGAUUCGAAGUAUGAGCUACUCCACAGAGUCCGUACGGCCCAGGGAUUGGCAACUUCUAGCUCCACCCGGGAGCAAAUACUGGCCAUCAGAAUCCUUGCCCUUACCAACCUAGCGUACGUCUAUCCCGAGGCGCUGUUCCAACAGAAAGUUCUACAGUAUGAUAUGGAGCAGCCAAAGCGUCUUCAGCUGGCCUACCAGCUGGGCGAGUUAGUUCAUCUAGGUGCAAGUGGUGACCUCCAAGUCUCACGGCUGUUGCAGACGUUGGCGCUUCAGGCUCUCGAUGCCCUUGCGAAACACAAAGCGCGAGCCAUUGACGUCUGUGCUGCCUUGAGCGUCAAUGUAAACCACGGUGUGCUUAUGUUCCUGACCCGGAAAACAGUGAACGAGCUGAGCUCGGAAGACACCAAUGGUGACGACGGUAGCCAGGACGAGUGGCGGGAUGCUCUGCUUGCUCUAUUGCGCACCCUUCCGGGCUCUAGUACCAGAACUCCAGAGACGCUUGUGUCUGCUGGUCUGAUUCCUAUGUUUGUAGAUGUUUUAAAUCUCCGAACGGAAAAGGCCCGUCGAGUCUACUCUCGCAUCAUGGAAUUUCUGGACACUUUUGUCCAUGCUAUCCGUGAUGCUCUGGGAACACUCACUAGUGCCAAGGGGUUUGAUGCAAUUUCUGAUUUAAUUGAUCAUGAAACCAAAUCUUCCUUCGAACACGUAUCCAAGGGCGCUGGAAUUCCUUCCCAGCACAAGACUCCAGCAAUCGACUACCAGAUCCCAUACUUUCAGCAGCAGACGCUCCGCUGGAUGUUCCGAUUUGUGAACCAUAUCAUGCAGCACAAUGGCGGCGGGUUCGACCGCGUUCUCCGGAAUUUGAUUGAUUCUCCUCAGCUGCUGACGUCUUUGCGUCUAGUGCUUGAAAACGCUCGGAUAUUUGGUUCUCACGUCUGGAGCAAUGCCGUCAACAUUUUGAGUAGCUUCAUUCAUAACGAGCCUACCAGUUAUGCAGUAAUAGCCGAGGCUGGCCUGAGCAAGAGCUUCCUGGAAGCUGUUACUUCUUCCGAGUUGAAGACCCCAGAAAAGCCAGUUGCCGAACCGGAAGAUGCUGAACCUGAAGCUGAGCCCUCGACGCUUCCCGAGACUGGUACUGCCGAGACAGCGGCAGUGGAUGGUCAGAAACCUCGGGUAUAUACCGUCGUCAGGUCACCGGAUGCCCGUUUGGCUCCUGGGAUUAUGCCUGCUGCUGAAGCUCUCUCGUGCAUUCCUUCUGCUUUCGGAGCUAUUUGCUUGAAUGCCUCUGGGCUCGAUCUUUUCAAGUCCUCUGAUGCCCUAGAGAGUUUCUUCGAGAUAUUUGAGAAUGCCGAGCAUGUGAAGUGUUUGAAAGAUGACCCCAACCUGGUUCGUUCUCUAGGCACGACCUUCGACGAAUUGGUGCGACACCAUCCCGCCUUGAAGUCUCACGUAAUGACCGCAGUCAUUGUCAUGGUUGCGCGCGUUGGACUAUUGUGCAGAACAAAGGCAUGGUCAGUGGGGAUGGGGGCCAAGUUAUGGUCAGAGGAUUCCGAGGGAAAGCCAAUCAUCUCGGGUUCUACUUCCCAUUUGCUGAAGGCAAUUGGAAUUGACAAUGACGACCAGCUCGAUAAUGCUUCGACUUUUGGUGUGCCACAACUGACUUCCGAUCAGCUACCCAACGGUGGAAAGCUGCAAAUCGGCGAUCUAAGCCAGAUCCUCCCCUCGUCAACUGAUGCCAUUGAGCCCAAGGAUGUGGACGCCGCUGGUCUUGCUGCCACCGAUUAUUUGUACCCAGUUGUGCGAUUCUUGGGGGCUUUCUUCGAGAACCAGUCUAACUGCACGUAUUUCAUUGAAUCCGGAGGUGUGGAGUUUGUCUUGGAUUUUGCAACCUUACAAAGCCUGCCGUUUGACUUCCAUAACACGGAUGCCAAUCAGGAGCUUGCUGUACUGGUGCAUAUGUUGGCAGAAACAAAGCCUCACCAAGUUGUGCCGUCCCUCGUCCAGCGGACAGAGCGAGCUGUCGACAUGCUGUCAGCCUUCUGGCGAGAGCCGGAAUACUCGGGUUUCUUUACCCCUUUGAUCAAGCCGACUCCCGAUGAGGUGUCCGAAGAAAAGGGCAAAGAAACCUUCAGUACUUCGAAAGCAAACGGGACAUUCUUUGCUAAGCAUAUGGGGGCUGCUCUCAUUUUAACAGAUUUCCUCCGCGAGAUAUAUUCAAUGCCUCUGUACCAGACUCGCCCGAGCCAACAGACUUCAGCGUUUGCACAGGUUAAUCUAUCUGACCGAUACUGCUCCCUCGUCAAAAAGCUGGGAGGUCUGCAUGCAGCAUGUGUGUGGGAGGAGAUACUACUCGAGAAGAACAUACCCGACACUUGGGAUCAGGCAACAAAGGUGCAACAGUCCGGGACGACUCCGGAGAGACCCAACCCUGCUACCGGGCAAGCGAACCCUGAAGUGAAUGCUGCCAUUUCUGGUACGGAACCUCAUGGAGAAAGUCCACCUGCCAGCGACCCUACACAGUCAGGUGCAGCACAAGAGCCUAAGGAGACUACUAUAGCGAAGAUUCCUGAAGAUGGUGUAGCGUUCAAGAAUGUGCAGGCCCUUCGGUAUCUCCUCAGCUCAUUGCCCUCCUCAAUCACCGGCUUCUUCCAUAACAUGGGGCUUGGUCUGAUGGGUAAAAGGAGAAUUGAUCUUUACCAGAAACAGAACGCAAUCAUGGUGGCGGAAGCUGUUGCGGAAGCUGUGCUCGAGCAAUUACAGUCGCAGCCUCCAAACUCAAGUGGAAGCUCCAAGCUUCGUUUCUCUUACCUCAUUGUCAUACUUUCUUCGUUCUCGCACCUCCUCUUUGAAGCCACGCCAGAUCGUCCUCACUCGCAUUACCUCACGCUUGUCUUAUUCGCCUUCAAGAGACAAGGAGGCCUGAAAAUCAUGAAGGAGAUCUGCGAACUUUUCGUGCAGGAGGUCAAGACGCUCACACCACCCGAAUCUGUCGCAGAGUCUGAAAAAGACGUCUCGGCACGACUCACCUCUGCUUACGGCGGUAUCAAAAUCAUCCUCAGCUUUUUCUCCGAGCUUGCCUUGGGAAAGAACAUCGUCGAGUCUAGCCAAACACAGACCAUGACGAGCAGUGAUCGGGACCGCGACCGACCCGACUAUUUCCAACCAGGCCAAUUCCUGGUGGAUUUGCGCAUGGAGAUCCUGCCAAUGGCUCGGGACAUGUGGAAUUCUGACUUUGCCGCCCAAUCCUCCAGUUCUGUUGUCAAAUGCCUAGUUGACAUCUUGCGUUCAUCUCUCGAUGGUGAAUAUGAAACGGGGGCCGCUCGGAGCUCGGAUGCACCGCACAUGCUGGCAGACGUCGCGAGAAGGACGUUUGUUGUGAAUAAGGAGCGCAUGGUGUCAUUACAAGAGAGAGGUUUCGAUGGCCAACUUGCCAAGGAAGCGCUUUAUCGCUGUAACAACGUGUUUGCUGCUGCCGAAGAAUACUGCAGGGCGCAGAGUCGAUUACGAGCCCCGCCAAGGACCGAGCCACCCCCUAAUGACAUUGAGUCAGUUCGAUCUACAACGUCAGGGGCUGAAGGAUCUGAAGAAGCAGCAGGUGACGCUCCUUCAUUUGACAGUGGGUUCCUUGAACGUUCUGCACUUGCUAUGCUCUUAGCACAAGCUUCAGGCCGGCCAGCCGAUGAUGCGUCGCGUCAGGAUCAAGGUCCAGGCAGACCCGAGGAGAGUGAAGUCAGGCAUGGCACUGAAUUCUUGGCGAGAGCCUUGACCCAUAUCUUGAACGAUGAUCAUGGCACAGGGGAUGAUGACCGCGAGGAUUCUCCAAUCAUCACGCCGCGUAUUCCUAACGUUGCCGGUGGCAGUUCGUCGGAGCCCUCGGGCCAUGCAACAAGUCAACCCACCGAACAACGCCCGGAACAGCCUACAAGACGACGUGAAGUUACGACAAUUGAAGACCUGGAUAAGGAACGCGAGCAGGUUCGUUCAAACUUGAUCGAGCGUUGCUUGGACAUCUUGAAUGAGCACCAUGACGUGUCUUUCGAGCUGGCCGACCUCAUCGCUUCCGCAACCAGGAGACAUCGCGACCCCGAAAGCUUUAGAAGGGAGGUGGGCGAAAUCCUUGUCCAGUCUUUGGUCUCCUUGCAGAUGGAGAAUUUCCAGGCUGCCGGUAAGAAGGUGGCCGCUUAUGCUCACCUUCUUGCACUGGUCGUUCAGGACCGAGACAUGUAUAACGCGACUUUAGGUGAACUCAAAGAUUGCUUUACGACAUUCCUUGGGUUUAUUCAAGUGUCGCCCGAGAAGACCUCUGACGAAUCGUUCCCUUGGAUCGGGCAUGUGCUACUUGUGCUGGAGAAGUUGCUUUCUGAUGACGCUCAACCGCCUCAGAUUCGCUGGAGUCUCCCUGGUCAUGAAAAUCCCAGUGCAGAUGAUGAGGGGCCAGCUCAUUUGGAAGAGCCUCUUGUGUCGCUAGACCAGAAAACGCAGCUUUAUGAGGCGCUCGUUGAGAUUCUACCUAGAAUUGGAAAGGACGAUACCUUGGCUCUUUCUAUUUGUCGAAUCCUUGUCAUUCUUACUCGCAGUCGCAGCAUUGCAGUGCGUCUGGGGGAGAAGCGGAGCUUGCAGCGCUUGUUCGUCAUGGUGAAACAACUUUCAAGUUCCACAAAUGAGAAACUUCAGGGCGCUUUUAUGUUGGUUCUAAGACACAUUAUCGAAGACGAGGAUACUAUUCGGCAGAUCAUGAGAAGCGAGAUAGUCGCCAAUUUCGAAUCGAAGUCGUCCCGCCAAAUUGAUACAACCGGUUACGUUCGACAGUUGUAUCAUCUUGUUCUCAGAUCGCCUGAAAUAUUCGUGGAAGUGUCCAACGAAAAGUUAAAGUUGCAACGAUAUGACAACCGGCAACGUCCCCAGGUUCUCACCUUGAAGUCUGAGAAGAAGAAUGGCUCGUCAGAUUCCUCGACGGCUAAAGACGAGUCUGGCAGCCCGAAUAAGGAAGAGGACCAGACGGGUGGGACGAUAUCUGAGGAUAAGGACAAGGCAAAGUCUGGUGAACUCAAGCCGCCUGUAGUGGAAAACCCUGACGGUGUCAUCCACUAUCUACUUUCUGAACUUCUAUCCUACAAGGAUGUCGACGAUAAAGAGGCUCCUUCCGAAAACACUGAAGUUUCUGCUCCCGACCAAUCGGAACCUCAGACUGAUGUCGAGAUGUCCAUCGAUGAGCCUUCGCCAUCUGUUGCCAGCACUGACGCACAGGGCACACGCAACAAGAAAACUGACAAGCCAGCAUUCAAAGCAGAUGAUCACCCGAUCUAUAUCUACCGCUGCUUCCUCUUACAAUGCUUGACCGAGCUUCUCUCGUCUUACAACCGCACAAAGGUCGAGUUUAUCAAUUUCUCUCGCAAGGCGGAUCCUCACGCAGCUACCCCAUCAAAGCCUCGCUCGGGGAUUUUGAACUACCUCCUCAAUGCUCUUGUGCCGGUUGGUACUAUGGAACAUGAUGAGUCCGUCUCAUUCAAGAAGCGAAGCAACACAUCUGCUUGGACAAUGCGUGUACUCGUUGCUUUGUGCACCAAGACCGGCGAAUUUGGUGGACCUGGCAGACGACGUAACGAGCAGGAUCUCAAUGAGGAUGACGAGCCUGAGCUGGCCUUUGUGCGGAGGUUUGUCUUGGAGCAUGCCCUGAGGUCAUACAAGGAAGCGAAUGCAUCAAAUGAGCCCCUUGACGCCAAAUACUCGAGGCUGAUGUCACUUGCGGAUCUGUUCGACAAGAUGCUUAGUGGUUACGCUUUCGUUUCGGGCGAAACAGCCUUCGCGUCCUCCACUAGGCAGCUGGCAAAGACCAUGUUUGAAAAACAUUUUAUUUCCGCGCUUACCGCUUCAGUCGCUGAGAUCGACCUCAACUUCCCCGCUUCCAAACGCGUUAUCAAGUACAUUCUUCGCCCUUUGAACAAGCUGACCCAGACCGCAGUGGUUCUGAGCGAAUCCUCGGACAUCUCUUCUCUUGGUGAUACUGAAGAUGAUGAGAUCUCUUCUGCUACGUCGGUCUCGGAUAUGGAAGAUGAGCGGGAAGAAACCCCUGAUCUCUUCCGCCACUCUACACUCGGCAUGCUGGAGCCUCGACAUGAAGAGGAGACAAGCUCUGAAGAAUCAGAGGAAGAGGAUGACGAAAUGUACGACGACGAAUACGACGAGGAAAUGGACUACGAGGAGGAUCUGCCAGAAGACGAUGGUGAAGUAGUCAGCGACGAAGAGGAUGAAAUUGAAGGUGUUGGACCGAUCGAAGGUCUCCCUGGUGAUAACGGCAUGGACAUUGAAGUUGUCAUCACCGACGAUGAGGAUGAUGAUGAUGACGACGAUGACGACGAUGAGGAUGACGAGUCCGACAUGGAAGAUGACGAAAUCCUUGCUGGUGAGAUUACCGGUGACCAUGAUAAUGACAGCCUAGAGGGGGGCGAUGAAGACGAGUGGGAAAGUGAAGACAUGUCCGAAGAUGAUGAAGAAGCCGAGAUCAUGAAUCAAUUCGAGGACGAAUUGGCAGAUAGUCUCCGACAGGCAGAGCAACGCGAUGAUGGUCAACGAUUUGACGACCUGUUCCGCGUCCUUAACGAGGCUGCUGGGGGUGUUGAAGACCUUCAGGCCGACAGCCUCGGGGACAUGCACGAUGACAUCGUUGAUGAUGACUUGGCUGAAGAAGAGGAGGAUGAAGAACUCGACGAACUGGAGGAAGAGCUCGAGGAUGCCGAUGACGACCAGGGGUCUUACCAAGGCUUUGACGAUGAUGAGGAUCUUAUGGACCCAUGGGGAUGGGAAGGCGACGAACAGCCGCCACGAGGCCAUCAUCACCACCGAUUCCGUGGCACACAGCCAGCUUGGGCUGCAGUUAGCGGAAUCAUGCCUAGUCGGCACGGUAUCGUUCCCAUUCAGCCUUAUCGGCUCCAUAGGACUCAAGUCCCCGCUCGCGGAAACGAUGACGGAACGAACCCUCUUCUUGUUCGGACAGAUCGUGGUGGUCCUGAGGCAGGUGGCCAAGCCCGUGGGCCCGGCAAUGAGGCUUUCACCGACUGGGUCCAUGGCAUGGAGCCCGUAUCUACUGGACGUCUGCUUCCCAUGGAUAGUCCCGUUAGCUUCAUGAACGCUAUCAUGCAGGCUAUUGGGGGCCAAGGUGCACCGGGAUUUGGGGUCAUCACCCGCCCGGAUGGUAUCCAUGUCCAUGUUGACAGACGUGCUAUCCUACCAAACCGGAUUCAAGACAUCUUUGGGCUUGGCAGGCCACAAGCUCCUCCUGCUCGGACCCGGGACGAUCCAUCCCAGGCCGUAAGCUUCGCUCUCGCUACAACCAGAAGCCGUUGGCAAGAGGAGGCCCGUAUUCUGUUCAGCAGCACAUAUGUUGAGAAGACCCAGCGGGUGGUCAACUCCCUGCUGAAGAUUCUGGUACCUCCUGCGAUCGAGGAAGAAAAAAGACGGGAGAAGCAGGUGGAGGAAGAGCGUAAGCGGCGGGAAGAAGAACGCGCAGAGCGUGAACGCCAAGAGCGUAUCGCUAGGGAGGAAGAGGAGAGGGAGAGAAAACGCAAGGAAGAGGAAGAGAAUGCCAGACGGCAGCAGGAAAUGGAGCAGCAGGAAGCAGAGCGACAAGCCUCGGGCAUUGAGACCGAACCUAUGGAUGAUGUACAGCGGACCGACACUGGCGAGGGAGCCGCAGCACCGGCGAUUGAAACUGAUACAGGCCCGUCAGAGCCUGUCCCCCGGGUGCAUACAACAAUCAGAGGCCGCCAGCUUGACAUCACUGGUAUGGAAAUUGACCCAGAGUACCUUGAAGCCUUGCCCGAAGAACUGAGGGAGGAGGUCAUUAUGCAGCAACUUGCAGAACAACGUUCUCAGGCGGCAGCAGCUGGCGAAGAGCCUAGCGAGAUUAAUCCGGAGUUCCUGGAAGCCCUGCCUCCGGAGAUCCGGGAGGAGUUGUUGCAGCAAGAAGCGGCGGAUCGUCGUCGCCGGGAGCGCGACAGUGCUCGCCGACAAGCUGCUGCAGCUGGCGGCGCUGCACCUCCCGUUCCCGCCCCGGCCCACGCAGAGGAUAUGGACGCUGCUAGCUUCCUCGCCACGCUGGAUCCAUCCUUGCGACAAGCCGUUCUGGCUGAUCAACCCGAAGAAAUCCUUGCAACGUUGGGUCCAGAGUUCCUGUCGGAAGCGCGUGCGCUGCCGGGCAGACGAUUGGCACAAUUUGGCGACAUUCCUCGGGUCGACCACCGUCACAGACAUGAGCCGGCUGACGAUCAAGAGCCUAAGAAGCAACAGCGCCGUCAAAUCGUCCAGAUGCUUGACAAGGCCGGCGUCGCUACGUUGCUACGUCUGAUGUUUAUGCCCCUUCAAGGCAAUGCACGCCACCAGCUGAAUGACAUUCUUCAUAACGUUUGUGAGAACCGCCAGAACCGGAUGGAAGUCAUCAGUCUCCUCCUUUCGGUUCUUCAAGACGGUAGUGCGGAUGUCUCGGCAAUCGAACGCAGCUUUGCCCAGCUCUCGCUUCGUGCCAAGCCGUCAUCGGUUCAAAAGACCCCUCAGUCUGUCAAGCGGAAUCUGUCUUUCCAGGGAUCUUCCAACGUCAGCAAUGAAGUUACUCCGAUCAUGGUUGUGCAGCAGUGCCUGGGAACCCUUUCUUUCCUGUCUCAGUACAAUCCCCACAUUGCAUGGUUUUUCCUCACCGAGCAUGACUCUUCUUCAACCCUGAAGCUCAAGGCUCUCCGCAAGGGCAAGGGCAAGGAGAACAGGGCCAACAAAUUUGCUUUGAACGCAUUGCUAUCUCUACUAGACCGGAAGGUGAUCAUGGAGAACCCCAACUGCAUGGAGCAGCUGUCAAGCCUUCUCAGCAGUAUCACGCAGCCUCUCACACUCCUACUCCGUCGGGAGAAAGAAAAGCAAGAGGAAGAGGAGAAGGGCAAACAGUCCGAACAGGUGCAGAAUGAGGAACACACUGGCGAACCGCAGCCCGCUUCAACUGAACCGACUGGCUCUGCUGCGGAUACGACAAUGACGGACGCUCCGCUCCCCACCGUCGAGGCUACGCAACCGCAAAACGAGCCUGCCCAGCCAGAGGACGUUGCAUCAACUGAAGCUACCAAGGAAGACAAAGCGAAGGGCGCGGGUGAGGACGAGAAGCACAAGAGAAGAACCAUCGAGCCCCCUGUGGUCCCUGACAGUAACUUACAAUUGGUGGUUCAUAUCCUCGCAGCUCGUGAGUGCAACGGCAAGACUUUCAGAGACACCCUUUCUACCAUCAAUAACCUUUCUGCUGUCCCCGGAGCUAGAGACGUUAUUGGGAACGAGUUGGUCAGCCAGGCUCAAACGUUGAGUACGGUCAUUCUCACUGAUCUCGACGAACUGCUGUCGCAUAUCCACCAAGCCCGGACAGGCACCGAUAUGCAGGGUCUGGCUUUGGCUAAGUUCUCUCCAGCCAGCUCCGAUCAAGCCAAAUUGUUGCGUGUUCUGACAGCUCUUGACUAUUUGUUUGAUCCCUCUCGGGCGGACAAGGCGAAGGGAGGCGAGUCUGACAACGCUGCUAAGGAGGACGUCCUGCAGACGUUGUACGAGUGCUCUACUUUUGGGCCUCUGUGGACCAGGCUUAGUGAAUGUUUGACCGUUAUCCGACAAAAGGAGAACAUGCUCAACGUGGCCACUAUCCUUUUGCCUUUGAUCGAAGCAUUGAUGGUGGUUUGCAAGAACACCACCCUGAAGGAUACUUCUUUCGCCCGGAACAGCAGAGAAUUGUCUGUGUCGAGCACUUCCGUCGACGCUGGCCUGAGUAUGGAAAGCCUGUUCUUCAAGUUUACGGAGGAACACCGCAAGAUUCUCAAUGAACUUGUUCGUCAGAACCCCAGGUUGAUGAGCGGCACUUUCUCGCUGCUGGUCAAGAAUCCCAAGGUCUUGGAGUUCGACAACAAGCGCAAUUACUUCACUCGUCGCAUCCAUUCUCGUGGCGCAGAGCCUCGUCACCCUCACCCCCCUCUUCAGCUCUCUGUCAGACGAGACCAGGUCUUCCUGGACUCUUUCAAGUCGUUGUACUUCAAGACGGCGGAUGAGCUGAAAUAUGGAAAGCUGAACGUGCGCUUCCAUGGUGAAGAGGGUGUCGAUGCCGGUGGUGUAACCAGAGAAUGGUUCCAGGUCCUGGCGCGCGGCAUGUUCAACCCAAAUUACGCUUUGUUCAUCCCCGUUGCCUCCGACCGGACCACUUUCCACCCGAACCGUCUUAGUGGUGUCAAUGCAGAGCACCUGAUGUUCUUCAAGUUCAUUGGGCGCAUCAUCGGCAAGGCUCUGUACGAGGGACGUGUCCUUGACUGCCAUUUCAGUCGCGCGGUCUACAAGUGUAUCCUUGGCCGGUCAGUGUCCAUCAAGGACAUGGAGACGCUCGACCUUGACUACUACAAAUCUCUUCUCUGGAUGCUCGAAAAUGACAUUACCGACAUUAUCACGGAGACGUUCGCCGUCGAGACGGACGACUUUGGAGAGAAACAAGUGAUAGAUCUUAUCGAGAAUGGACGCAACAUUCCUGUGACUGAAGAAAAUAAAGAAGAGUACAUCCAAAAGGUCGUCGACUAUCGUUUGGUGGGCUCCGUCAAAGAACAGCUGGACAACUUCCUGAAAGGGUUCCACGAGAUUAUUCCCUCUGAUUUGAUUUCUAUCUUCAAUGAGCAGGAGCUUGAGUUGCUGAUCUCCGGUCUUCCUGAGAUUGAGGUGGAUGACUGGAAGGUCAACACCGAGUAUCAUAAUUACUCGGCCUCCUCGCCCCAGAUCCAGUGGUUCUGGCGUGCCGUCCGCUCCUUCGACAAGGAAGAGCGUGCCAAGCUUCUACAGUUCGUCACGGGCACCAGCAAAGUCCCCCUCAACGGCUUCAAGGAACUUGAGGGUAUGAAUGGAGUCAGCCGUUUUAACAUCCAUCGUGACUACGGCAACAAGGAUCGUCUCCCAAGUUCUCACACUUGUUUCAACCAGCUGGAUCUCCCAGAAUACGAGAGCUACGAAACUCUGCGGCAACGUCUGUACACUGCGAUGACGGCUGGUAGUGAAUAUUUCGGGUUUGCAUAAGUUGGUGGCGCUAAUGUCUCUUGUUUGCUUGGACGAUGAGUUACGAUUCGACAUUUAUCCGCUCAGUGUCCUCGCUCUAAUGCCGAAGCAUAUGAUGGCGUUUGUCGUAUCUUCAUUUCUGCUAAUUUGUACCAUUUGGAGCUGGUUGUUACCGAAAGGCAUAUGGGGGAAGAAAGAUUGGACCGCGACCGGUAAACCAGGUGAAGUGCAGGUCAACUGGUGUGCCGGGGGUCGAGCGGUCGAGGCUUUUGUGCUAUGUUUUUUACUUGCAGAUUGCAACACCAUGUACUUUCUUCAGCUGUGUCAAUUCCUUCACUAGAUAGUUCUCGCAAAGCCUGAUAACUACAUGCCUUUGGC